GAAGAAAGUACAUCGCAUGUUCGACCGACCGUCUGCCCGCCGUCCACCGUCCAUCCGUUAAACAAAUCCAGAUUAGCAGCGAUAUGAAUAUUUGCGUAUGAUUGAAGCGAUUUCCAUCACAAAGUCCACGCAGCCCUUUCUCUCUCCAUCUCUCGCCUUUUCUCAUCAUGGCAAAUCCACCAUCGUCGUCUUCUCGGAGCUGGUUGUCAAAUCUUUCAACAUAUGCCUCUCGGCUCUACUUCUUAUUGAUCAUCCUUCAGAUCCCAAUUUUCAGGAUCCCCUGCAGAGCUGGGACGUGUUCAACGCCACUCCACGUGACUUCAUCGCAGUUGAUUGCGAGUGAAAUAUUUCCGGUUGCUGCAGUGAAAGUUCUUCUAUAUCCUGGUGCAAUUGCCAAUGGAAUUGUCACAAAUAUGACUAUUCCAAGCUGGGAUAACCUUCUAGACAUCUAUAACUUGACUGAUGUGAAAGGAGGAGCCUCCACAACUGAUCUUCAACGGUUGGAGGUUCUCGCGGGAAGCUAUUUCUCAGUUGCAGGGGCAUUGAUAGGAAUAUUGAAAGCUGGCAGAAUGAGCAUGUUUGGCACACUUCUUAUUGUAUGGGGCCUUGUUAAGGAAGGGUUCCUAGGAAAGAAUGCAGACGCAACACAAACCAUAUUGGUUUACCCUACAAUUGUUAUCGCACUAAUCUGUGCCUUCUCAUCGGUGAAAUAUGAUCUCAACAAACUCACAACAAGCACUCCGGCUCGACCCAUCGCCAAGCCUAUGAAGAGCUCUACAAAAUCCAAGCUUAGAUAAGCAAUUGUAAGUUUUAACUGUUUUAUAUUUCCAUUGAUAUUUUGAUGCUCUCUUUUUUUGCUUUAUGCACUUUGUACACUGAACUGGAUGAGCUGUUGUCAUUUGGUUGAUUACUGUUAAAGCGAUUUGGACAAAAUACUUUGGUCGA